AUGGGUGAUACGAAUGGACAAGUUGUAGCUGGUGGCAAUGGCAAAGGAAAUCGAUUGGAUCAAUUGUAUUGUCCAACCGAUGUAUUGAUUGACAAAGAGACGGAUAGUCUCAUUAUUUGCGAUUCAGGGGAUCACCGAGUCGUACGAUGGUCUCGUCGUAGUGGCACAACUCAAGGAGAAAUCCUCAUCGACAACAUCGCUUGUCAUGGAUUGGCCAUGGAUGAUCAGAGAUAUCUCUACAUCUCUAACACCGACAAACAUGAAGUAAGACGAUAUCAAAUAGGAGACAAGAAUGGAACUAUCGUGGCUGGUGGCAAUGGCAAAGGUGAUGGUCUCAAUCAACUCAACUUUCCGACCUACAUCUUUGUCGAUCAACAACAGGCUGUCUACGUGUCAGAUUGGAACAAUCAUCGUGUAAUGAAAUGGAAUAAAGGUGCAAAAGAAGGAAUUGUCGUCGCUGGAGGGCAAGGCUAUGGAAAUGCUCUAACACAGUUGUAUUAUCCUGAAGGACUGUUCGUCGAUACAUUGAGUACUAUCUAUGUGGCAGACUCGUGGAAUAAUCGAGUGAUGCGUUGGCCUAAAGGAGCGAAACAGGGCACUGUCAUUGUGGGUGGAAAUGGUGAAGGAGAAGGAGCAAAUCAGUUCAACUAUCCCUAUGGUUUGUCCUUCGAUCGACAGGGCAAUCUCUAUAUCGUCGAUAGGCGUAAUAAUCGUGUUCAACGCUUUUCAAUCGAAUAGACUCGUCGUGAUAGAUUUUUUUUCUUUCCUUUCCUUUCAAAUAAAUCGCACUGAAUUGAUGAAAUGAAUGGCUUAUUCUAUUCGCGCGCGCGACCAGGAACCAUCCUGGUGGAGCCGUGACGAGCGUAACGCUCAUGCACGCGCAGGACAGACUCAUAUCAUUCAUAUCCUCCCCGUGAGAGAUAUGUCAAUGAGUCUGAAUAAGCCUGGUCGUGUGCCACGGACACCAAGACGAUUCCUGGCCGGGCUUUUAGGGACUACCCGGAAGUCCUUCAUAAAAGGCGAAACUCUAACCCUCAACUGGCAGAACUCACUCUCGCCUCUCACUAACACUCACUUUUCUGAGUCUCAUCCUCACCCUUCUCAAUCUCAAUGUCACUAUCUAACCUCAUCCCUCUCUCACCCCUAUUCUCUUUCUCAAAAGAAAAAAAAAAUUACUCACGUGUUCGAAUGUUGGACGAUGAUAAAGAAGACGCGAUGAUGUUGAAGACUGAAAAGAAAAAGAAAAAGAAAAAAAAUUUAAUUAAUGUUAUAUUAUGAGAAAAUAUUAGUUAACUUACCAUUUGUUAUCUUUUCCUAGUUGAUAAUAAUCAUAGAACCUAAAACAAAAGACAACAAAAUAAAAG